ACUAAGGUUUUUAUUAAAACUGCUGCAAUAAUGCUGCUGCAAUAAUGUUUAGAUAGAUGUUGAAUUAGUUGAAGUUACAGACUUUUUGAUAAACCAACUACGACCGAACAUUCAUAGUUGUCAUACCAUUUUUCUCAUACAUCCCGAAAUUGAACCCAACAAGAUGAAACAAAGUGAUGGCAGAGGAAGGACUGUUAACCUUUCUCUGCUAUACAUUGCAGUCAUUCUUCUUCCCAUGUUCCUUCUUGGAUGCUAUCUGUACAACGCGAAGCAGCUGAGGAUUGGCCAGCUUCAGGAAUUCGAGACACAUAACCUACAAGAACCCAUCAGUCCAGCACAACCAAGCAAAGAAGAUAAUGACAAGAAGAUCAGUCUGGUGCCAUUAGACGUAUGUGAUGUUUUCACGGGAAAAUGGGUUCCUGAUAACGUCACACAUCCUUUAUACAAAGAAGAUGAAUGUGAGUUUCUCGCAGAAUGGGUGGCAUGUACAAGAAACGGGAGGCCAGACUCUAAGUACCAGAAAUGGAGAUGGCAACCUCGAGAUUGCUCUUUGCCGAGGUUCGAUGGAAAGCUGCUACUAGAGAAACUCAGGGGAAAGAAACUGAUGUUCGUUGGUGAUUCGAUACAUCAUAAUCAGUGGCAAUCCAUGGUUUGCAUGGUCCAAUCCGUGGUUCCCUCAGGCAAAAAGACCUUAAAACACACAGCACAAAUGUCCAUCUUCACCAUAGAGGAGUACAAUACAACCAUAGCCUUCUACUGGUCACCUUUCCUAGUCGAAUCAAAUGCUGAUCCUCCAGACAAGAGAGACGGGAAGACCGAUCCAGUAAUCAUGCCGCAAUCAAUCUCGAAGCACGGUGAGAACUGGAAAGACGCAGACUACCUUGUAUUCAAUACAUACAUAUGGUGGACCAGACAUUCCAAGAUCAAAACUCUAAAACAAGGAUCUUUCAGCAACGAGGACUCAAAAGACUAUGAAGAAAUCGGAAUCUAUAUAGCAUACAAACAAGUAUUAUCAACAUGGACAAACUGGGUAGAACAAAACAUUAACCCAAAUCAAACAUCUAUCUUCUUCAGCAGCAUGUCACCAACUCAUAUCAGGAGUUCAGAUUGGGGAUUUAAUGAAGGAAGCAAAUGUGAAAGAGAAACAGAACCAAUACUAAACAUGUCAAGACCAAUAGAUGUUGGAACAAAUCGAAGACUAUACGAAAUCGCAGUGAAUGUGACGAAAUCAACAACAGUGCCGAUACAUUUCCUCAACAUAACGACGAUGUCAGAGUACAGAAAAGAUGGGCAUACCUCAUUCUACGGUUCUCGAGCUGGGAAGCUCAUAACACCUGAGCAGAGAUUGGAUCCGAGAACUUUUGCCGAUUGUUAUCAUUGGUGUCUUCCGGGAUUACCUGAUACAUGGAAUGAGUUACUCUCUCUGUAUAUUAUCUACAAAAGUUAAUAUGUUUUCUAUUGAAUUUGCAAGAAUUGAAAAGUCCAAACA